AUGGGCAGCCCGCCGACGCGCCUGUCGCCUCCUCGCCGCCGCCGCGCCAGACGGGCAGGGAGCGCCCUCGGAGCCGCCGCCGUCUUGGGAGGCAGCCCGCCCGCCGCAGCCCCCGUGUGCCUCGCCUGGGGGACCGGCGGCGGCGUCGGGGGGGCCUCCGCCGCCAGCAACGCGAGCCGCCCGCUGCUCCGCCCGCGCUACCCGCCGGACAACGAGGACCUGAAGAUCGGCGUGCUGUUCGCCUCGAAGGCGCUGCUGCAGCUGCUGGUCAACCCGCUGAGCGGGCCCUUCAUCGACCGCGUGGGCUACAGCCUGCCGCUCUUCAUCGGCCUCUCGGUCAUGUUCCUCUCCACCGUCAUCUUCGCCUUCGCCGAGAACUACGGCACCCUCUUCGCCGCCCGCAGCCUGCAGGGCCUGGGCUCGGCCUUCGCCGACACCUCCGGCAUCGCCCUCCUGGCCGACAAGUUCCCCGAGGAGGCGGAGCGCACCCGCGCCCUGGGCAUCGCGCUGGCCUUCAUCUCCUUCGGCAGCCUGGUGGCGCCCCCCUUCGGCGGCAUCCUCUACCACUUCGCCGGCAAGCGGGUGCCCUUCCUCAUCCUGGCCUCCGUCUCGCUCCUCGACGGCCUGGCCCUCCUGCUGGUCGAGCGGCCCUUCGGCGACCGGACGCGCGACAACCGGCCCGUCGGCACCGCCAUCCACCGCCUGAUGGCCGACCCCUACAUCGCCGUCGUGGCCGGCGCCCUCACCACCUGCAACAUCCCGCUGGCCUUCCUCGAGCCCACCAUCGCCACGUGGAUGGCGCGGACCAUGGGCGCCAGCGAGUGGGAGAUGGGCCUCGUCUGGCUGCCGGCCUUCCUGCCCCACGUCCUCGGCGUCUACCUCACCAUCCGGCUGGCCGACCGCUACCCGCACCUGCAGUGGUUCUACGGCGCCCUCGGCCUGGUCAUCAUCGGCGCCAGCUCCUGCACCGUCCCCGCCUGCCGCACCUUCUGGCAGCUGGUCCUCCCCCUCUGCGGCCUCUGCUUCGGCAUCGCCCUCGUCGACACCGCCCUCCUGCCCACCCUGGCCUUCCUGGUCGACGUCCGCUACGUCUCGGUCUACGGGAGCGUCUACGCCAUCGCCGACAUCUCCUACUCGGUGGCCUACGCCCUGGGGCCCAUCGCCGCCGGCGAGAUCGUCCACUCCCUCGGCUUCGUCAAGCUCAACCUCGGCAUGGGCCUCGCCAACGUCCUCUACGCGCCGGUCCUCCUGGCCCUCCGCAACAUCUGCAAGAUGAAGCCCUCCCACUCCGAGAGGAACGUCCUCCUCGACGAGGAGCCCAAGGGACUCUACGACACCAUCCGGAUGGAGGAGCGGGCCGCCGCCAAGGGCAGGAAGGGCCACCCCGCGGCCCUUAGCGGGGAGGAGAACAGCCUGGACGGCCGCCACAGAGACUUCCGAGGAGCUUCGGAAGAGGAGUCCUCGGGGGAGGACUACACCUAG